AAGGAGUUCAUAGAUAGAUUUUUUUUUUUCUAUUCCUGGACAAUAUAAGAAUGCCUCCUAUUGGUUCAUUAUAAUUCUACCUCAUGUCAUGUUAUUCAUUUAGAACUAUUGCCUGGAAAUUCGUGGGUUGAUUUGUACUUACGUUAUAUAAUCUAGUAUUAUUUUUCUUUGCCAUUGGCCAUCAUGAUUGUAGGUAUUUGUAUUAAUUGGCAUUUGGUAAAAGUGGGUAGCAUUACAUUGGGAUAUAAUAAACCAGUCUCAGCUCGACGCCCGUGUUUAAUUCACGACUCCCAAACUGCAUACCUUGACAUGGCGCAGCCGGUACCUAAGUGAAAUUAUAUUGAGAUAAAGUGGAUUUCGUUGUUUUGUGCGGCUAAUAAAUGACAAACGGUGAAAGUGAGCAGUUUGCCGAUUCUUAGGGAGGAUAUCGUCGUCAUUUCUUUAACAAUGGAGUCAGUUUUACAACCACCGCCGCCAUUCUCGUUUGAGAAUAAUCUAGUUAAUGUGACAUCCGGAAAUUUAAGUGCUGAGUGGGACAAUUGGAAGAAAUCUUUUAAAAUCUAUUACGAAGCAUGUGAACUUUCGACGAAACCUAAAAAAGUGCAAGUGAAUAUAUUGUUGCAUGUCAUCGGAACCAAAUGUCGUGAAGUGUACGAGCAAUUUACAAACGAGGAGACGGAUACGGUGGAAGACUUGCUAAGAAAGUUUGACGCGUUUUUUGUCCCGGUAAAAAAUUUGGCAGUCGAAAGGCAUAAAUUUUUUAAAAGAGAUCAGAAGGACUUAGAGUCAACCGAACAGUACAUUUUUGAAUUAAAUAAAAUAGCUGCCAAAUGCGAGUUUGGAGAAUUGCGUGAUGGUUUAGUGUGUAGCAGGUUCAUAUGUGGUGUAAAAGAGGUGACCCUUUCGGAACGGAUGUUGAGGGAACCGGACAUUUCAUUAAAGAAAGCAAUGGACAUAUGCAAGUUAGCAGAGAUGUCUAAAAUGCACGCAUUAAAUAUAAAGACAAAUAGUGUCGAACAGUACGUACACGAAGUUUCACAAAACAAUAAUCAAUCCGGAACUACAACCUGUGACGUGCAUGUAGUUAACAGACGUUAUGCCUCAGCCGCUAUAAACCGCCCGCGCCGGCCGUCUCACACACCGAUGCGAUCAAACGCGCCCAGCGGGGCUCGGGAGCAUCAGACAUAUCACACCAGAUCUUCAUUUUAUACCCCUAACCCCAGAGAGAAGACGUUUAAUCUUCAUAACAAUCCAUCACCGCAAGCAACGUCAAGUGAACCGCAGAGAACUUUUAACGGCUGUAGUAAUUGCGGUCAUGCGCACCGAAGGAUGGAAUGCCCCGCGUUCGGAGUACGGUGUAACAAUUGCAAUCGGAUGAAUCACUAUGCGAGAAUGUGUCGAUCGUCGCGUCGCGUGUACGAAAUACAGGAGGACUCCACCGAUCAGGUAUGUAUCCAGAGCGUGAGCAGAAUCAAAUUAAGGCCCGGCGCCCACUAUCAGCAUGGCACGGCAAAGGAUCCUUCGGCAUUUUGCCGAGGCGUCCUCAGGCAUGCUAUGACGUCCCCAGGCAUUCCGAGGCGUCCUCAGGCAUGCCCAGGUGUGCUUGAGGAUGUCGAGGCGUUCUGA